AGUGUGCUUUGCGGCAAUUGUGGCAUCUACAGGUCGAAUCUUAGAAUCUGGUGGGAAGCUUGACUCUUCGUCUUGAACUCCAUCUUUACAGUCGUGAUCAGAUCAGGCUGUUGUAAUAUUUUCUCCCAUUAACGUUUGUUUGUCCUGUAUGGACCACAGACUUCGCAAAAGAGUUCGAGAAGCGAAAUCUAAAGCUCGACCUGAGCUUUCAUCAGAGAAACAUGGAUGGCAUUGCCUGAAUUAUGCAGAGACUUUUGAUUUAUCUCUCUCAUCUUUUCGAGAUAACGUAGAACGAAUUGAUGUGAGCAAGGUUAGCACGGAAGAGUUUGUCACUCGGUACGAGAAAACUUAUACCCCAGCUGUCCUAACCAAUGUUCAAGAAGACUGGCCUGCCAAGUACAAAUGGACACUUGAUCGGCUAUGCAAGAAAUACCGAAAUCAACGAUUCAAGUGUGGAGAGGAUGAUGAAGGUUAUUCUGUGAAAAUGAAGAUGAAGUACUUUGUUGCCUACAUGAAGAAUAAUUCUGAUGACAGCCCUCUCUACAUUUUUGACAGCAGCUAUGGAGAGCAUCCCAAACGAAAGUGUCUACUUGAAGACUAUGAAGUGCCAAGUUACUUUCGGGAUGAUCUCUUUAAGUAUGCUGGAGAACCCAAGCGUCCACCUUAUAGGUGGUUUGUGAUGGGCUCGGCUCGAUCAGGAACAGGUAUUCAUAUAGAUCCAUUGGGUACCAGCGCUUGGAAUGCCCUAGUUAAGGGUCACAAACGGUGGUGUCUUUUGCCAACAAAUACUCCACGAGAACUUGUGAAAGUGAAGCCAGAUAUGGGGGGUAAGCAGCGAGAUGAGGCAAUCACAUGGUUUACGCAUGUUUACCCAUUGACACAGUUGCCAACCUGGCCUCAAGAGUACAAGCCUCUGGAGAUUCUUCAGCAUCCUGGGGAAACCGUUUUUGUUCCAGGGGGUUGGUGGCAUGUUGUCAUCAACAUGGAUGACACUAUUGCUGUGACACAGAACUUUUGCAGUGUUGUGAAUUUUCCCAUUGUCUGGCACAAAACAGUUCGUGGGCGGCCCAAGCUUUCCCGCAAGUGGUACAAGGCUUUGAAGAAAUUACGACCAGAGGUAGCCACCAUGGCAGACAAGGUUGAUCUGCAGAAACCCACAGGCUUUAAUUCAGACAGCUCCAGUUCUGCUUCAUCAUCUUCUUCCUCAUCUUCAUCUUCUGACGAUAGUGCAGACUCAGAACCUGAUUCAGAGUCAGAAAGCAACAGCAAACGACGCAAGGUGACACGCUCUCGUUCCCUCACUCCCAAUGGCAGCAAUGCACGUGACUCUCCACGAAGGCAUAGUGGACGUGAGCACUCCCGCUCACACCCAAAAUCGACCCAUUUGCACGAGUCUGAAAGAAGUGACAGAGGAGACCGCAGUGUCUCUAGCACUCCCAAGAACUCCAGAUGACCUUGAGACUCUCACUGUAUUGUAGCUUAUGGGUUUGUGAAUGUAGGAGGGCAAUGUGAUAAGGAGCCUGCUACAGCAGUUUUAGGGAACUCUUGGCACAGAUCUGUGAUCUCAUGCAUUAAGCUGAAAAAAUAUUCUGUUGAUUUACAGCCACCAGUAACAAUGCUAGUGUCCAAGGACCUUCUCUGCACAGAUACUAAUAUGUGCCUUACUCUAACCAUCUAUCUAGGAUUGUCAAGCUGUGGCAGGAAAAAGAAAGUACAGAAAUGGUGGAUUGGAGGUCAUAAAGAGUGUGUGUUCACAGGCUUACUGGAAAGAUUUUUUUGAGGAUAAAAAACAGGUUUUAAGAAAUUUCUUCAUAUAUGAAACAGAAAUGAUCUACAAAUUUUUAUCACGUUUUCACAGUUGCACUAUUUAGUUAUAAGAUACAUCUUCAUGCAAAAAUGACUUCUUUCGUAGUCUGUUCUUAGCAUUUUGUUGACAGAAGGUGGUGCUUGCCAUUUCCCUAAGUCUAGUUUUACACAGACCAGCUGCAUGCAGUAAACUAUUUUGCUUUCUUUAUGUAGCUUCUGUGUUCUAUACAAAACCUCUUUUAUAACCUAAGCCUUAUUUAGCCUUAAAAAAUGCCUUUGUUGAUACAUUCAGAUAAUAUUUAAAAAUUAUGGUGCACUGCCAUUUAUAUGCUUGCUGUUGGACCAGACAUAAACAUGCUUGAUAGCAGGAGUUUAUAUUACUCAUAGCUUGGUUUACAACAGCCAAUAGGACAGAAUGUGUAAUGAAUGAAAUGCAGUUGGACUUAUUAAGGUAGUCUGCUCGACAUGUCUCAGAUUAGAGCAUGUCAUCAUUUUAAUGUGCUGAUUCCACUUUAUAUUUGAAGUUAUUAUUUACCAUUAGCUUUAUUGUGAAACACAAGUUAUCAAAAAUGCUUCCAUCAUAAUUUUGUGAGGUUUUAAACUCCCAGUGUAGUUUAUGUGUAAUCCAGUAUCAUUAUUUUUUUAAGGAUACCUAAGGCAAGAUCUGCUUGGAGUACACACCACAAAAUUAUUGCGCAGGUGUAUAUUUGUAUGCAACAGUAUAAAGCAACAAAUAUUUAAAAAAAAAAUUCUGUAUCUUAUUUCUUUAUUUUCAACAGAUGUAAGUAAGAUGAUGUAAUUUUCGUUAUCUAGUAUCAUUUAAAUAAUUCCAAGAAAUUUUUUACCAUCUGUUGUUUAAGAUCCAGUAUAGAGGCAUUGUUUUCUAGCAGCUACCCACUGUAUUUUUUUAUUAGUGAUGGUACCAAAGUCACGUAAUUUCAGAGGCAUUAUUUGCGCUUAUCUUUGUCUUUUAUUGUUAUUAAACAUGUGUUGAGGAUAAAGCAUAUUAGAUCACACUCUGCAAUUUUUAUGCUUGCAUGGCAAGAUCUGGCUUUAUUUUUCUCAAAUGUAUAAAUAUUCAGAAUUUGUCUUGAAGAAGUCAAUUUGUUCUUAUUUUGUAAUUUUAGUGGCUAUUAGAAAGUAGAGCAAAGGUGUGGAAUUAUUAAUGCCAGCUAACAUUAAUAAAGUGGUCUUUUAGAAAAUAGUUUUUUUCACAAGCCAGUGGCCAAACCAUUGUGUACUCAUUCCUGCUCCAUUUUAGAGCCUAUUUUUGCAAUGUGCAGGGUGCACAGGCAGAAUGCACAUUUCCAAGGCAUUCCUCCAUUUUAGCAGUAGUGACAUGGUCUCUUCUGUGGACUUAUUGGGUUGUAUUUUGUAAAUGUUACGUUUAAGAGAAAGCUGUAUAAGCAAUCAGUUCGUAUCAUUUUUCCCCAGUGUUUGGCAUCAUACAUACGAGAAAAUCUUUCUGCGUUUUUUGUGUAAGAGCAGUCAGCCGCAGUUUUGGGUGUUCUGAUGAUAUGUAUGUGAAAUAACAAUAUUCAUGGCAGAGUAUUUGUGUGAGGGCUAGUGCCUACACAAUCCCUUUUGUGUGGUCUGAGCAGGAUAAGAACAAAGAUAUUCUUUGUUCCAAAAUACUUUUGGAAGUGUCCUUGCACAUGUGCACUGAACCUUUUUUUGGGAUGCAGGGGUCAGUUUGAAAUUUUUAAGAUUUGGCAAAUCAUGAGUCUGACAUGUGCAUGUGGCUUUUCAUUUAUGCUUUGUUUUUUGUUUUACAAAAGGUAGUCCCAUGACCUUAUGGUUUUGGGGGAGUUAGGUAAAGACUGCUUAUCUUGAGGUCAGCUUCCUGUGAGGGCAGUUUCCAUUUCUUCCUCACUGCCUUACCUUUCCCAACCCCCUCAAAAGUCAGGUACUUAUUUCUCAGCUGGGUCAGCUAGCAGAAGCGCAUUCAUCACAUGAAUAAUAAUGUUUGUGUAGAAAUGGCAACUGUGCACACCACUAGAUUUGGAUAUGGCUCCUCAAACCACUUGGCUAUCCACUUUCCCAAUUCUUUGGUUAGUUAGUGAUGAGAGAAAAAUGUUUAAGCUUGCUGUACUGAUGACCUGCCAAAAAAAGGACCAGCAAGUAUAAAUAGUUCAUGUGCAAGUAGUCAUUAAAAGCAUAUAUCAAGAAAAUGACUUCUACACUUUUCUGUAAUCAGAAUAUUAAAAUGGUCACGAUAGCUUAAUUGUCCAUCAAGGAUGUUAGGACUCUUUUUCUUUUAAGACUCAGCAGGAAAAAAUGUACUAUUUCAGUGCACAUCUAUGCCUUUUAAAACAAAUUGUGAAAAAGGCAGGGCAAGCCCUAAAACCUUUUGCUUCACAUUUUUGUUUUCUCAGUGUAUCAGGUUUUGACGUUAGGUUUAAAGUGAUGCCUAUGGUAUUGAGUGAAAAACUUCAGCUUCCUGCUGUCCCAGCAUGCUGAGCUUUUAAACAUUCUUCUAUCACCUGUACAAUUUAUGUUGUUUCUCUUCUUAUUCUGCAGCUAGUUUCUAGCAUUGCUCAAAACUAUCCUCACAGACACUUCCUACCAUUCCUUUGUUAGUGAGUCCUGCUGUUUGUUGAAUUUAGCUGUAGAGUUGCAUUAUCAAAAAUUUUUAAUAUUUUGAGAAUUGUGACUUGUCAGAUGAAAAUGUACAUCAGUAAUCUAGUCUUCUGAAUAUUCUUAAUGUACAUGGGGAUGUCUGCAGGACAGGGAUUGAAAGAGCUGUGUUGGCAUGAUUAAGUGAAUACAAUGAUUAACCCACAUUAUUGUAUACUUGUGACCAUGAGUAUAGCCUUGCAGAUGGUAACAUUUUGUAGAAGCAGGCAUUUUGCUAGGAAAGGGGUGUGUGGUUGAGAAUCAAAAGUAGUCUCUACUAAAGAUGGGAAAUGACAA